UUAUUUCCAAUUUGGUUUAUGUCCAGGAUUUCUGGUCUAACAGCAGAAAAUCAAUUCUGUUACACACUUACAGGCUGCUGUAUGUGAAAUAAAUGUUGGCGAAACGAAUAGGCAUCACAAUUCAUGCUUAUCAAAUAUAUUGUUUUUUUUUUUUAUAUGUUAAACAUGACAAAGUUCAGCUUCGUGUAAAUCUUUUGUUCGCUAAAGUUAUAUUCUGUUAUAGAUUUUAAACCAGAAGCCGAGACGAAAACCAAAUUUGUAAUAAUUAAAUGUUAGAUGUCGUUUCUUCUUUUCGCUAUAAAAACUGAAUGGGAAUACAUAUUUAAAAGAUUAAAUUUCAACAAUGGUCGUUAAAAAGCGAAAUAUAUAUUUAUUAAUAAAAAUGUAUAUUUCCAUGGAAUGCUGAUAAGCUUCUUUUAAGAGCUCAUUCACAGGUUUAGCUAUGAAGCAAUCUUGUUUUCACAUCAUUUGAAAUUUCUCAGCUUAAACAAACACAAUGUCCCGUUUCUCGCAUUUAGGAGCGAUUUUUUUGGGAUGCCUCCUCUAUGGCGUUGCAGGCCAGCAUUGGAUAAUUCCCCCUUUGAGUGACUUGCAAAGUGGAGCAAACGAACUUUGCGGAUUGAGCAAUCCGGAUGGUCUGGGGAUCGACGUGAAAGUAACCGAUGGUUACUCCAGACCAGGUGAAUAUCCCUGGGUAGUUGCCCUCUUCAGCAAGGGACAAUUCUUCGCAGGAGGUUCUCUAAUUAAACCGGGAGUCGUCCUAACCGCCAGUCAUCUACUGGAAUCCAAGGUUGCAGAGGAUAUUAUGAUCAGAGCGGGAGCUUGGAACAUUGCAGCCCGAGCCGAACAGUUGCCACAUGAGGAGCGCCAGGUGACAAGUAUUGUGCGACACGAGAAUUUCACGUUUGCCACAGGAGGGAACAACAUCGCUCUCCUGUUCCUCAGCUUGCCGUUCGAGUUGAAGACCCACAUCCGAACCAUGUGUUUGCCCAGGCAGGGAAAGUCCUUCGACCAGGGACGCUGCUUUGUCGCCGGAUGGGGAAAAGUGUCGUACCAGGAUAGCCAACUAUCGAAUGUGCAAAAGAAAAUUCAAUUACCUUUGGUCAAUCGAGAAGUGUGCCAGGAUCAGUUGAGAAAAACCCCUCUCGGACCGGAUUCCGUGUUGCCCGACAGUCUGCUCUGCGCCGGCGGGGAAAGGAACAAGGACACUUGCAGGGGCGACGGAGGAUCUCCGCUCUUCUGUCCCAUGGAGGGAGACCCAGAGCGCUACGAACAGGCCGGCAUCGUCAACUGGGGCAUCAAGUGUGGCACGGAAAACAUACCGGCAAUCUACACAAAUGUGGCUUUGUUCCGCGAUUGGAUUGAUCAACACGUGGCCAAUAAGCCGCAAUUUUAG